AUGGGGCAGCUGCCUCUGGAAGCAGCCAAAAUGUCCCCAGCUGCAGCAGGGGCACCCUGGCAUGCCCCCUCCAAGCCUGCCAGAGCUCAGAAUAACCCUGAGAACCACGGAGCAGGAUGGCAGGAGCUCCGCUUGGGGUCCUGCUCCUCUUGGGGCUUCUCGCUUCUUGACCCCAUCGCAGGCAGGGGUGUGGGGAAGAACGACGAACUGCGUCUUUAUCACCAUCUCUUCAACAACUAUGACCCAGGAAGCCGGCCAGUGCGGGAGCCUGAGGAUACUGUCACCAUCAGCCUCAAGGUCACCCUGACGAAUCUCAUCUCACUGAAUGAAAAAGAGGAGACUCUCACCACUAGCGUCUGGAUUGGAAUCGAUUGGCAGGAUUACCGACUCAACUACAGCAAGGACGACUUUGGGGGUAUAGAAACCCUGCGAGUCCCUUCAGAACUCGUGUGGCUGCCAGAGAUUGUGCUGGAAAACAAUAUUGAUGGCCAGUUCGGAGUGGCCUACGACGCCAACGUGCUGGUCUACGAGGGCGGCUCCGUGAAGUGGCUGCCUCCGGCCAUCUACCGCAGCGUCUGCGCAGUGGAGGUCACCUACUUCCCCUUCGAUUGGCAGAACUGUUCGCUUAUUUUCCGGUGGGAAGAGUUACUCCGCGGCCCGGACGAUUAUGGGAGGGGCCUUAUGGGGCGGGGCCAAUCGGGAAGCACCGCCCUCGGGGCGGGGCUUCGCGCUGGAGGCGGAGCCAGGCGUAGGCACUGGGUGGGACGCUCUAGCACGGCCGGAGGUACAGAUGGGAACAGAGGCGCUCAGGCUGGGCUUGGGUGA